AUGGGCCGAUCCCUGGUCGCCGCAUGCGGUCUCCCUCAGAUGCUCGCCUCCGACGCGCCGAUGCUCAGCCAGCCAUCGAUCUCUUUCCUUGCCGUGGAUCGGUCCGAGGUCUGGAUCGUAGGUGAUUUCCGAAAGAUCCUCUCGGGAUUGGUGAUGCAAUUCCGAACCUCCGCCCCGGCCGCCAACGAGGUCGUCUUUCCGUGCCUCACGCGCCAGAUCUCCGCCAUCCUGGCGCAUUACGGGUCCGCUCGGGUCGUUUGCCAAGAUGCGUUCGUGGCGGCGGCCCAGGCUUCGCUGCGGACGGUGACCAUCCCGGACCGUUGGGGAUUCCCCUACCAUCUCAAAUUCUCCCUCUCGUACACCAUCUCGUCCGUCCUGCGGGCCAUCACCCCGCACUCGGCCUGCUCCGGCCCCGAGGUCUCGCACAUCGUCGAGGAUUGCAUGACCGCGGACAGCUGGGUGUGCAAAGAAGUCGCGGCCAUCACGGGCUCCCACGCCGAUCGGACGGCCGCGCGCCAGAUCACCUGCAUCGUGCGCGAGGACCACGAAGCCCGCGCGCAAGCCCUCGGGCAGAGCCUGAUCAUCGUGGCCGCGCUGGGCGAGUCGCCGACGCGUUCGUCCGAGUGCCUGGCGGCGCUGACCUUCGGCCUGGGGAACCCCGCGGCGAAGCUCGCCUGGCUGAAGGGCUACGCGGCCAGGCUGAUCCCCGCCGUGUGCGUGCCCGCGAUCGAGAGCGGCGUCGGCCUCGAGGCCCACGGGCAGAACACCCUGGUGCGCGUGGACAACGCGACCCGGGCCGUGCUCGGGUUCUGUUUCCGCGACUUCGGCAGCGUCCGGUGCCACACUCCGACCCUCCGGCGCCGCGGCUUCCGCAUCUCCACCGCGCCCCCGGACACCUGGCUCCUGACCGAGAGCGAGGAGGAGGUCUGGGACCAGAUCCAGCACACCGCCAUCCACAACAACCUGCAGCUGCUCGUCCGCCAGCUGGCCGUCGACCCCGCGCUCGCCUGGCGGCUCAUCCGCGACGAGCUCGACGACUUCUUCUCCUCCGCAGCCGCCUGCCUUGGGAAUGAGACUGCCGCCCGGAUGCAUGCAUACCUGACGCGACCGAUCGUCAAGGCGAAGGCGCUGUUGCGGAUGCGGAUGAGCCAAGUCACCGACGAGGUACGUAUGCCAACCUGUCCCAACCCCCCAACCCUCUGCUGUCCCUGGCUCACACCGUCUCCUCUUCUUCUUUGCCUCGCCCACUAG